AUGAGCGACCCGGUGAUGGCGGCGGAUGGGCAUGCUUACGAGCGGACGGCGAUCGAGCGCUGGCUCGCGACCAAGUCGACGAGCCCGAUGACGGGCGGCGAGCUCGAGAACACUAGCCUCUUCCCGCACCACAUGCUGCGCCGGAUGAUCCGGGACUGGGACGGGGCGCGGAAGGCAGCUUGUGACGCGGGAGCGACGUAUACGACCGUACGAGGCUCUCGCGAGGGAAGCACACGGCGUCCUGUGAGCGACACGUCGUACGCAUCCAAGUGA